AUGGAUGAACCAGCACAAUGUUCUGUCGACAUUCCGUAAGUUACAAUUGUAGAAUUUUAUUUUUUUAGUGUCCGGCCAAGAAAACGAACAAAUUCUACAUGUUCAACCGCAUCCGUAGCCACGACUUCGACUGUUGGAAGGCGGAGAAGAGCAGAAUUGCAAGCAGAGUUGGAUACCAAGACCUUUAAGAUGUCGGACUUGAUUAUCUGGAGACCUCAGGCCGAGAACGAGUUGAGGAAGAAGUGGGACGAGCAGAAACAGAAGCUGUUGGAGAAUAUGAGCAAUUCGUCAAACAUAAAUCAAGAAGCACGACCACCGCCACCUAAAAAGCCUGUAGUUGCACCAAGAGUGAAACUGAACGAGAAAGGAGAGAUUGUUAUCGACGAAGAGAGUUUAGUUGUUACAGAAACUGCCGAGAACAACGUUUGGGACCAUGUUGACGAUGUGAGUUGAAUUUUUAUGUUAUAAUAGUACACAUGUUUGGUAAACUAUGAUCUUUUCAAAUUUUGUGGUUUUAAAGUAGGAAUAUUUGACUUUUCAGUUAUUAAUUAGGAGAUAUUAGCUUACAAGUCUUUUAUAAGUUUUUCUUUGAUUAUAUUAAUGAUAUUGUUGUAGGACGCGAUGCCAAAAAAGUUGAACUCACUCAGUUUCCGUAAAAAAGCGAACAGAUCUACAAAUUGGAGUAUCCUUGAAACAGACCUUUUCUAUCGUAAGUUGAAUUAGUAUACAUAAAAGCCUCUUGCUUUUUUUAAUCUGUUUUAUUCAUGACUUCUAUUUUCAGAAGUAUUGAGUGCCACAGGUCCGGACUUUGGUUUGAUGCACGAAUUCAUACCUCACAGGACACGCGCUGAGUUGAAACGGAAAUACACAAAAGAAGAACGAGAAAAUGAAUGGAGAAUCGAUCAUACCGUCAAGAACCCAUCGUUGUUGAGCAAAGACCUCUACAACAAGGUCAAAGUCAUGAUGGACAAGAUGGAACAAGAGAAACAGUCUAAAGACAAUACCAGAAUCAAACGAAGAAAGAAGGCUGUAUCAGCUAACGAGAAGGAGGUGGAGAGCCAGUAG